AUGACCAGGGGAUCCACACUUGGAACCAAAACAGUGGCCGAACUACAGAAACUGGCGUCGACAGUGCGCAUUACCAGCUACAGUCGCAUGCGCAAGGCCGAGCUCAUCGCAGCUCUCGCUCCGAAGAGGCCAAAGGUCCACCCGCCCACCAAAAAGACGAGCAGUAGCAGCAUCAACAGCCUCACCAUGGUGCAACUGCGCGCCAAGGCCAAGCUGGCGGGCGCACAUAAGAUCAACAUCAUCCACGCCCUGGAGACCAAGCCACCCCGGCGCUUGGCCCAGAGGACAGCAAAGGCGGUGGCCGCACCGAAGCCACUCACACUGCCGGUGCUCAUACCGCAAGCACCACUGAAGCCAGAACACUUUCAGCGCCUGUGGAAGGCGGACAAGGCGAGAGCCAUCAAUAUGGCAUGCCCUCACAUUGAUAAGGAGCAACUCAACCGCCACCUCUCAAUGCAGAAACUGACGGCCAGGGAGCUGGGCAUCUACACCGGCGUAAGUCACACCCUCUAUCCAUACCCUGUCGGCAGCACGCAGGACCGCGAGUUCCUAUCCCAGGACGAUGACUUGUUUCAUUCAUCGCGCCACAGCUUCAUGUUCUGGCCUGAAUUCAUCAAGGAGAUCGUCACGCAUGAACGCGUGUGCAGCCUGUGCUCGGUCGAUGGGCACGGCCGACCGCUGGAGUUGAACAUCGCGAUGGAGAACAUUGAUGACAUGCCCAAGGAACAGCGGCCUGGAUACAUUGAAGAUGCGUUUACUUGA